AUGAUUUUGUAUCAUCCUAUCAAGGGUAGAGUUAUGUUGCAAUUUAUACUUUAUUCAUUGCCUUACUUUAGUACUUUACUUGAAAUUACCUCUAUAAUUGUUAAUUUCAAGAACAUUCUUAUUAUUCUUGCAGGUGGUGUUUUUAUUCAAAUUAUUGAUUUAAUUGAAAUUAAUAUGAAAUCAAGGUUGAAGUAUUUAAUUGCUAUAUUUACUUAUGUUGUCUACUCUUUAUAUUCUUAUAAUAUUUAUUUAAAUGGUGAUUAUAGUGAUUAUGAAUAUUUAGAUUAUUUAUACUAUUUUAUGAUUGGUGUUUCUUAUAUGCAAAUUUAUACUACAAGGUUUUUAAAUACUAGAAAGUUUGAUUUGUUUAUUCAUUACAUUGAGUUAGUGGGAUUCUUUUUAAACGAAUGCUUUAAAAAUACUAAUUUUAUGUAUAUUAGGUGUUUAUUAUCAUUUAUAAUGAUUUUAAGUUUCUUUCCUGCUGAAAUACCUUAUAUGGAAAGUAAAAAUAGUUAUGAAUUACUAAAAUUUUAUGUUAAAGAUGAUGUAAUUAGGGCUAAAGAAAUUAAAGUGGUUGAUACUGAAUAUCAAUUUGAUAUUGAGAAUUUAAAAAAGAUUGAUUUUUACGAUUUUAACAUUUGGCUGUUUUUAAUCUUAAUUACUGAAAAUAGACUUUAUUACUUACUUUUUAGUGUAUUUAGUAUGUUUUAUGAUUUUGAAAUUGAUUUAAUAGGAUUUGUUAUUCUUUACCUAAAAUCAAUUGAUUAUAAUUGGGAAUAUUUAAUCAUACUCUAUCCUUCUUAUGUUAAUAACAAUCCUUUAUCUAGAUUAUUAAUUAACUUUAUACUACUUUGGAUUUAUAAAUAUUUGAAAUUCUAA